AAAUAGAUUGCCAUAUUGGAACGCAUACCAUCUGCAAUACCUGUUGAUUUUGUUCAUUUACGUUGUGAAGAUGAAAGAUGCACAACAAAUGGCCAGAGUUCAUUUACUAUGUUAGCUGCUCUCGCUCAUCAUCUUGCAAUUCAACAUCAAACUGAAUAUACUGAAGAAGCAUUGUUGAAAAACCCGGCACCACACAUUAAAUGCUUUUUGUGUGAUGAACCUGCGUUUAAAAAACUAGAAGAUCUUCAAAAACAUUUCAAUACUGUUCACACAUCUGUUCGUGAACAACACAUAAAAGCUCGUUUUGAAAAGUUUAGCUCAGACUCUAGUAGGCGCAGAGUAAGUCACAAAAUUUAA